AUUGUAUUUUGAACGAUGUUUCUGCUGUUCAUUUUAUUUUUACUUCUAGUCAUCUAUGUCUAUCAAAAAUGGCAUUACAGUUACUGGAAAAGACACGGUGUAUAUCAAGUAGAACCAUACUUCCUCUAUGGUAACCAAAAAGAAUUUGCCAAUGGAACUUUGUGCAUCUCGGAUCAAUUGAAAAAGUUGUAUGACGAGUUCAAAAGUAAAGGUUUGCGAUAUGGGGGGUACUAUGCCUUUACAAAACCUACUCUAAUGCCAAUCGACCUGAAUAUUGUGAAGCAUGUUUUACAGAAGGAUUUUGGGCACUUCGUAAAUCGUGGCAUUUAUUUCAAUAAAACGAGAUCACCACUUUCUGAACAUCUCUUCACACUGGAAGGUGACAAAUGGAAGAAUUUAAGAGCAAAGUUGACUCCUACAUUCACCACGGGAAAGAUGAAAAUGAUGUUCCCAAUUUUGAUAGCAUGCUCUGAAAACCUAAAAGAUGUUGUAGACAAGCAUGCUGUGCUCGACGAUGCUGUGGAUAUCAAAGACAUAAUUGCUAGAUUCACAACUGAUAUUAUCAGCUCAGCUGCAUUUGGCAUUGAAUGUAACAGUCUCAGAAAUCCUGAUUCGGAAUUCAGAAAAUUCGGCAGAAAAAUAUUUGAACUGGGAAAGUGGAAGCACUUAAAACGACAAAUGGGCAAUAGUGUUCCUAAAUGGUUUCUGGACACAAUACAGAUGAAUCCAGUAGAUCAUGAAACUGAAGACUUCUUCAUGGAAGCAGUACGAAGUACAGUUCGCUAUAGAGAAGAAAAUAACGUAUAUAGAAAAGAUUUUAUGCAGCUCUUGUUAGAACUAAGAAACAACGGAAAACUAUCGGAUGAUCAAGGUGUUAGUUCGGUAGGCAAAAAUGAUUGCAAUAGUCAGUUUUUAUCGCUGAACGAGGUAGCUGCUCAGUGCUUUGUCUUCUUCGUAGGUGGUUUUGAGUCAUCUGCAAUGACAACUACAUUCACUAUGUUAGAGCUAGCCAGAAAUCAAGAAAUUCAAGAUAAGCUGAGAACCGAAAUAACUACAGUAUUAGAAAAAUAUGACCAAAAGUUAACUUAUGAAGGCAUAAUGGAGAUGACUUAUUUAGAUAAAAUUGUUCAUGAAGCAUUAAGAUUGCAUCCUCCAGGAUCAGGAAUAGGAAGAAUUUGCAAUUCUGACUACAAAAUCCCUGGCACUGAUCUACUCAUUGAAAAGGGAGUCAGGGUUUUAGUUCCGAUUCUGGCUCUUCACAGGGAUCCGGAUCAUUAUCCAGAUCCCGAGGUAUUUGACCCGGAACGUUUCAAUGAAGAAAACAAAGCAAAACGUCAUCCUUUUGCUUAUAUUCCUUUUGGAGAAGGGCCUAGAAUGUGUAUUGCUCCAAGAUUUGGAGUGCUACAGACCAAAGUGGGACUAGUGACCAUAAUAAAAGAUUUCUCCAUAACGCUUAAUAGUAAAACACAACUACCCAUAAAGUAUGCUCCGAAUGGUAUCGUCACAAGUGUAGCUGGAGGUGUAUGGUUAAAUAUACAAUCACUAGAAUUUUGUUUCAACUGCAUGAUGAUGUACUACAUAUUAGUUUCAGUUGCAGUUAUUUAUCUUUACCUAAAAUGGCACUUCUCUUUCUGGACACGAAAAGGCGUGUACCAAAGGGAACCAUCUUUCCUUUUUGGAAAUGUGAGCGAUCUUCUUUUCAACAAGCGAAGCAUCGCCAACUUUGUUGACAACAUGUAUGCUGAUUUUAAAUCAAAAGGUUUAAAAUAUGGAGGAUAUUAUGAAAUAUUUAAGCCACGGUUUGUUCCUGUAGACUUGGAUCUGAUCAAACACAUUUUACAAAAAGAUUUUGCACAUUUUGUCAAUAGGGGUAUAUACUCUGACCCAGCCGAUCCCCUAUCGUUGAAUAUUUUUAGCUUGAAGGGUGAAAAAUGGAAGAAACUGAGGGCCAAACUGGGCCCUACUUUAACUAUAGGUCGAACUAAGUCGAUGUUCCCCAUAACAAAAGCUUGUUCAGAUCAACUUCGAAUUCAUUUAAAGGAAUUAUGGCUUACUAAGGGCUACAUGGAUAGUCACGAAGUAGGAGCUAGAUUCACUUCAGAAAAUUUGGGCUCAAUUGCAUUUGGCAUAGAAUUCAACAAUCUCAAAGAAUCUAACCUGAAAGUUCUUAAAUUAUGUUUAAAGAAUAUUGUAGGAACUUUUGCAACACAAAUAAAGAGAUUGAUAUGUUGCAAUUUUCCAGAACAUAUCCUUCGAAGAACCGGGUAUAGAACGCACUCUCGUGAGCUAACUGCUUGCUUUACGGAUCUCGUAACAGGAGUGAUAGAUUACAGAGAGAAGAACAAUAUUCAUAAAAAAGACCUGAUGGACGUUCUACUGCAGUUAAAAAACAAAGGCAACAUCACAUACGAUGGUGACUCUACACCUGCAACACAAAAUGGUGUUCAAGAUGAGAUCUUUUUGUCGGUAAAUGAAGUUGUUGCUCAGGGUUACGUAUUUUUUAUAGCGGGUUUCGAGACCUCAAGUACCACGAUCGAGUUUGCGUUAUUCGAGUUAGCAACCCAUCCAGAUAUUCAAGAAAAAGUUAUAAAAGAAGUCAAGUCUAUGCUUGAAAAGAGCGACAAUGAAAUUAGUUUUGAAGGCUUGAAAAGUUUAACUUACACAGAACAAGUUAUUAAUGAAACUCUCAGGCUUCAUCCCCCAUUACCAGCACUAUUAAGAAAAUGCAACAAAGACUACAAAGUUCCCAAUUCUGAUCUUAUUAUCGAAGAGGGAACAAUGUUGGGAAUUCUAGUAUCUUCUAUACACCGAGAUCCAGAAAUCUAUCCAGAUCCCGACGUUUUUGAUCCAGAUCGCUUUACCGAAGAGAACAUAGCAACGAGACAUCCGAUGGCCUUUAUGCCAUUUGGAGAAGGACCUAGGAUUUGUAUCGGAGCUAGAUUUGGUAUGAUUUCUUUGAAAGUCGCACUAGCAACCAUAUUCCAAGAUUUCAGAGUAACAGUAAACGAAAAAACUCAACUUCCUCUAGAGUACUCAACAAAGUCAAUUAGUACUCGACCGCAAGGAACAAUUUGGUUGAAUUUACACCCACUGGAGUGAAACUGAAAAAUUUAUUAUUUAAUAUCCCAAUAAAUAAAAUGCUUUUGUUAGUA